CGACCCCGGCCCGGCGCCGGCCCCGCCCCGCCCCGCGCCCAGGGGUCCCGGGGCGGGCUCCGGGCUUGGGGCGGACGAUGCGGCGGCGCGGCCGGAGCCGCGGCGGGAAGCGGAGGCGGAGGUGACGCGCCAGGGCCGGCGGGCCGGGCCAUGCAGCGCUCCCGGGCGGCCGCGGACGAGGCGGCCCUGCUCCUGGCCGGGCUGGCCCUGCGGGAGCUGGAGCCGGGCGGCGACUCUCCAGGCCGGGGUCGGCGGGGCGCGCGGCCCGCGCCGGGAGACGAGGCGGCGCAGGCGCUGGGCCGCAGAGGGAAGGGCGGCGGCGGCGGCCCCGAGGCCGGGGCGGACGGACUGAGCCGUGGGGAGCGAGGCCCGCGGCGCACGGCGGCCCCCGAGCUCAGCGCGCAGCCUGCGGGCAGCCCGCGGGCCAGCCUGGCGGGCUCCGACGGCGGCGGCGGCGGCGGCGGCGGCAGUGGCAGCGCCCGCUCCAGCGGCAUCAGCCUGGGCUACGACCAGCGCCACGGCAGCCCGCGCUCCGGCCGCUCGGACCCGCGCCCCUGCCCCGGGCCGCCGUCGGUGGGCAGCGCCCGCUCCAGCGUGUCCAGUCUCGGCUCCCGCGGCUCGGCCGGCGCCUACGCCGACCUGCUCCUGCCCGGCGCCGGCCCGGCGCCGGCUCGCUCCCCGGAGCCUGCGGGGCCGGCCCCCUUCCCCCUGCCUUCGCUGCAGCUGCCCGCGGGCCGGGAGGGCGGCCCGAGCGCGGCGGAGCGACGGCUGGAGGCGCUAACCCGCGAGCUGGAGCGGGCGCUGGAGGCGCGCACGGCGCGGGACUACUUCGGUAUUUGCAUCAAGUGUGGGCUUGGCAUCUACGGGGCAAGGCAGGCAUGCCAGGCAAUGGGGAGCCUGUAUCACACAGAUUGCUUCACCUGCGACUCCUGUGGGAGACGACUUCGAGGGAAGGCGUUCUACAACGUGGGUGAGAAAGUGUACUGCCAGGAGGACUUCCUGUACUCUGGGUUCCAGCAAACAGCCGACAAGUGUAGUGUGUGUGGACACCUCAUCAUGGAGAUGAUCCUGCAGGCCCUCGGGAAGUCCUACCACCCAGGCUGCUUCCGGUGCUCAGUGUGUAACGAGUGCCUGGACGGGGUGCCCUUCACUGUGGAUGUGGAGAACAACAUCUACUGCGUCAGAGACUAUCACACGGUUUUUGCACCGAAAUGUGCCUCCUGUGCCCGUCCUAUCCUCCCUGCACAGGGCUGUGAGACAACCAUCCGUGUGGUGUCCAUGGACAGAGACUAUCAUGUGGAGUGUUACCACUGUGAGGACUGCGGGCUGCAGCUGAGUGGGGAGGAUGGACGCCGCUGCUACCCCCUGGACGGCCACCUGCUGUGCCGCCGCUGCCACCUGCGGCGCCUCAGGCCCGGGCCCCUCCCCUCACCUGCGGUGCACGUCACGGAGCUCUGAGCCGGGAAAGGAGCCCACGCUGCGGACCCGCGUGCGUGCGUGUGUGCGACAGAGAGCGCCCCCGGGCGGGACGGGUGACCCGGUCGGCGUCGGAGCUCUGUGUCCCACGGGGGGCGCCGCUGCCGCGCUUCCGCCCCACCCCCACCCACGUGCCACCAAGCUGCUGUCCGAGGGGCCGGCCCCGCGGCGUAGCUGCUUCUAUUUAUUCACCGUCUGUGCCUCCUCCGGCCGCUCCCUUCCUUCCAGCCCCUACCCCCUCGCCCCCCGACGCUGGCCUUGCGUUCCCGGGGCUGCUGCGCCCCGCGGCCCCGGGCGGGCUCCCAGACCGCCGUGGGGCACCAGCUGAGGACGCCGCCGCCUUCGCCUUCGCGAGCAGGGGCGCGGGCCGCCUUCUUCCUCCUCCUCGCACUGGCCUGGGGGCGGGAGUGUUUCCUUGUUCAAAAGGGGCCCCGCCUGAGAUCGCUCCUCGGGGCAGGGGUGGUCUGGCAGGUGGCGGUUGACGGAGGGCACGCGUGUUUGUGUGUCUCAUAAGCGCCUUUGGUGGGUGGGAAGGGUGUCCUUUUUGGGCGGGGUCACAGGAGAGGGGAGACGAAUGACACCUUUGUGGAGUGGGGCCCUCGAAGGAGCCCUGCCUUUGGCCACCGGGAUUCUGAAGGGUGUUUUCAGCCACAAUCCCGCCCGGGUCUCCCCAUCCCUCCCUCCUGGCUUGGGGUCCGCUUCCCCCUCGGCCCCCCUCCCCUCGCCAUCCUUCAGCCUUGGGAAAAGAACCUUCUCACGCAAAAUUUCCAGCCACAGGGCUCGGUCGAGAGAGACCACGAGAGGGCGCCCUGUCCCCGUGGCAGGGAGAACACCUGUUGCAGGAAAGCAUUCUGUAUCGGGCUCCACGACAAAAGCGUAUGAUUUGACUUAAAUUAAGUUUUUCCUUUGAGAAUAUUUUCAUUUUCUUUAAAAGAAUAUAGUUUUCUUCUAAAAACUUGG